GAUGUUGGCGAAUACAGUUGAGGCGGUGCACUCCGGGGAAGGCGUCUGUCUGUAUAUUGGUUGGCGUCUGUCUGCUGCGGUGCAGUCAUGUUUCUCCAGUAUUACCUCAACGAGCAGGGCGAUCGCGUCUAUACGCUGAAGAAAUUUGACCCUAUGGGACAACAGACUUGCUCUGCUCAUCCUGCUCGGUUCUCCCCAGACGACAAAUACUCAAGACACCGAAUCACCAUCAAGAGACGCUUCAAAGUGCUUAUGACCCAGCAACCGCGACCUGUCCUCUGAGGGUUCGUUAACCUCUUGAGCUGCCCGCCCCCCCGGCCGAUUAUCAGCAACCAGAUGUCUCAAUCCUGAGCCGCGAAGCCUUCCCCUGCUGUUUGGAAUGCUAUCUUAUCUUAACUACGUGAUUGAUUAGAUAGUGAUGGGCAUCGCCCAUGAAAGGAACAGUCUUAACUUUUUUUUUUCUUUCAUGUUUUGACUUACUGCCCGGUUAUUAAAGAUACAAUAACUUAAAAGUUCA